UGUUCAUCCGCCUGGCGGAAGCCCUGAGUUCCGACCAACCAGCAACCACACACGUUGACAUGCAAAUGAACACAGCCGGUACAGUCACCCUGCUGAUCAAUUCACUCCACUGCGGAAAAACCCAGCCCUCCGAGUUCCAUGGGGGGCUUUACGAGCUCCAUGGGGGGCUUUAAAGGCGUGCAAGUACCAGGUGGUGGAAGCGAAGGCUACCACGUCCUCAAAGUAAAGCGCUCAGAGCCCAGCCAGAGGUGAGAGGGAUUGGGUGGAGCAAACCAUUUUUGAGGCAAUAGGUGCAGCAGAAUUCUCCAGGUUAUUGUGCAGGACUGGAGCCAUUCUUUGAUUUCAUCAUCGCAAUAUGUGAUACCAGACUAGUUAGUUAAACCGAGCAAAGAGAACGACACCCUCCAAGAUGCACUGGAGAGGAACAUGGACAAACCCACCAAACUGAUGUUGUACAGUACCAGGACGCUGGACGUGAGGGAGACUGUGAUCGUACCCAGCAGCAUGUGGGGCGGACCAGGGCUUCUGGGGAUCAGCAUCCGCUUCUCCAACUUUCAAGGAGCCAGAGAAAAUGUUUGGCAUGUCUUGGAAGUGGAGGCAAACUCUCCUGCAGCCCUGGCUGGCCUCAGAGCCUAUACUGACUACAUUAUAGGAGCUGAAACUUUCAUGGACAAGAAUGAAAAUCUUUUCAAACUCAUCAAUAGCCACGAAGGGAGACUGCUCAAGUUCUACAUCUACAACACAGACACAGUCGAGUGCCGUGAGGUGUAUGUCAGGCCAAAUUGUAACUGGGGGGGAGCGGGCAGUCUAGGCUGUGGGAUUGGGUAUGGUUACCUGCACAGGGUACCCACCACACCUUCCACCAAGGACAAGAUUCGUUUUCCUACACCAGAUGAAAAUUUCUCGGAGGUUUGUCUCACUGCAGUCAUUCCAACCAUUCCAGUGUGUAUUUCGACUGUAUUAGAACAGACAAACACAGCUUUUGACCUCACCAGUGUUCGAACAGAUGCACCAGUAAGCACGACAGACCCUGUGACAUCCCCACAAUGUGUUCAAACGUCAGUCGAUCCUGCUGCCACACAAGAGGUUCACCCUUCAAAGCAGUCCUUCACAGUCUCCGCUUCCACUCUGCCUUCAUCGGAACAUUCCCUCCCAACCUCUUGCGCAAACGCUGCUGUCACACAGGAUGAAGCAUCUCCCUCUACUGUUGUCCAAAUGAUCGGUUCACUGAGCCAAACUCCAUCAUCGGUAAUCAGCUCUGACUCUAUAAAUACUGUGUCUGCAGACUCAUCUUUGCACAUACAAACUGUGUGAGGAUCAGAUUGUUGGAACUUGCAGGUUCAAACUAUUGAUGCUUGGAGGGUUUUGUGGAUUUCAAAAUAAAAUGGUUAAACUAUAUAUACAGUACUCAAUUUCGAUGUGCUAUAAACAAUUGUGGCGGCACGGUGACCGACUGGUUAGAGCAUCAGCCUCACAGUUCUGAGGACCCGGGUUCAAUCCCCGGCCCCGCCUGUGUGGAGUUUGCAUGUUCUCCCUGUGCCUACAUGGGUUAUGGGUACUCCGGUUUCCUCCCACAUCCCCAAAACAUGCAUUAAUUGGAGACUCUAAAUUGCCUGUAGGCGUGACUGUGAGUGCGAAUGGUUGUUUGUUUGUAUGUGCCCUGCGAUUGCCUGGCAACCAGUUCAGGGUGUACCCCGCCUCCUGCCCGAUGAUAGCUGGGAUAGGCUCCAGCACGCCCGUGACCCUAGUGAGGAGAAGCGGUUCAGAAAAAGGAUGGAUGGAUAUAAACAAUUGUAAAAUGAUACAUUUUUGUCUGGAUUAAACAUUUAUAUACA